AUGAGAUCUCUUGCAGAGACACAAGCGAGAUGGCAGGCAACUCAGACGCACUGCGCAAGCGUUGAGGACUUACAGAAUGCUGUCCGCCACAACGGCCCCUCGAGCCCUUGCUUAUCUGGUUGUCGUUCUGUCUGCUGGAAGGUCUUUCUUCUGUCAAAAGAUGGUGACAGUACCAAGCCAAGCUGGUCUCAAUCUCUCCGCGAGAAGAGAGAGUCGUAUAGCGAACGCCGUGAUCACUUUCUCAAGUUCAUAAACCACCCUGAGGCUCUCACGGAGCUCACCAUUGACCCUUUGGCUGAUGACCCAAAAUCCCCUUGGAACACUGUCCGCGAAGAUGAAGUUGUCAGAGCAGAAAUCUUGCAAGACGUCCAGAGGCUGCCGGACGAAGCAAAUUAUCAUGAAGACUAUAUGCAACGCAUGAUUCUGGAUAUCCUCUUUGUCUAUUGCAAGGUGAAUCCAGACAGGGGUGGCUAUCGACAGGGGAUGCAUGAACUCCUGGCUCCUAUACUACACGUGGUCGAGCAGGAUGCUUUAGAUCGAGUAUCGACAACCGCUAGCGAUGACGAGGAUAGCCUCGAGGAGCUGAUGCUCGAAACCAUCGACCAGUCAUUCAUCGAGCACGAUGCCUUUAUCUUAUUUUCUGAGUUGAUGGAGAACGCUCAGUCAUUUUACGAGGUCAAAGAUGUGCCAAACUCAAGCCCGCCGACUGACGGUCCAUCACAAUCUCGAUUUCCUGAGCAAAGCUCCGCCAUUGUUGAGCGGAGCAAAUUCAUUCACGAAGUCUGCUUACAGAAGAUUGAUCCAGAACUGGCAGCGCAUCUUACAAGUAUAGAGAUACUUCCCCAAAUAUUUUUAAUUCGCUGGAUUCGACUUUUAUUCAGCCGAGAAUUUCCUUUCAAUCAAUUUCUUGUGCUUUGGGAUACAAUUUUGGCCGUCGAUCCCUCGUUAGACCUUAUAGACCUCGUUUGUUGCGCCAUGCUACUGCGAAUCCGCUGGCAACUGUUAGAAUCUGAUUAUUCUGUUUGCCUGCAACUACUUCUCAAGUACCCGCCACCAGAUCAGUUGCACGGACCUCAUACAUUCGUCGAUGAUGCACUCUAUCUCCGGGAUCACAUGAAUGCACCCGGAGGCGCAACCCUGAUCAAGAAGUACUCAGGAAGACUCCCUAAUGUCCAAAAGAGCACCCAAUCUACUGAACGUGUUAACUCACCCCUUCCCGGGCUCGAUUCUAUUCGCAAAAAGGGCUUUGGACUGAGGUCGCCAAUCCGCUCGCCGUCAAAAUUUCUUCAACAACAGGGUGGAGUGGAAAAUAUGAUCCAGGGCGUGCUGGAGAAGAGCGAAAAGCUGGGAAUCAACCAGGCGUUACGAGACGCUGUUGGUGAAAUAAAACGAAACAUGCAAGGCCUAAACGAAGGCCUUUCUUCACCGUAUCCGAGAGUCGUUCUGGCUGACGAUGGCGCUGCCAAGGCAUUGGCUGUUAUGCAGAGACGGAACGACCAACUAGCAGGCUUACUCGAGGAGACUGUCAUGAGCCUGAGGGCGCUAUCCGUGUCCAAUCUCGAAGACAAAGCUCGAAGCCUUGACAUAAUCGAAGUUGCAGCAGCCAAAGUCCAAUUUGUGCAAAUAUAUCUGCAAGAUGCCUCGAUGGACAUCCCAACCGCAGACUCCUCUACCUCUGAAGAAGCUCAACUCGCGGCCGAGAAAAGAGAGGACAAGGAAAUCAAGAAAGCGCCACCAUUUGAAAAAGAGAACCAACCUUUAUCACCCAAGUCUGAAGAAAUCCAGGACCCACUCUCUAAUGCAGCAGAAGCUACAAGCAUUGAUUCAAAGAAAGAGGAGGUGCUGAGUGAAGGCCAACCCAAGACUCCAGUGGCUGUCUCUAUACCUGCUAGAUCGACUAUAGCACAGUCUUCAUUCUCAUGGAUGCUAGAACCGGAAGAGUCCGGACCACUACAAACGCCCCCAAUAGGCAAAUCACCUACAUCCCAACAGAAGAGGCGUAAUAACAAUGCUAGCCGGGAAAAGAAUGCAUUCUUGUUCGGAGAAGCACCGGCAGAGUUGGAUGAAAGAGACCCCCUUAGAUCUGGCGACAUAUUUGGGAUGGAGCCUAUGCCGACCCCGCCAGCAAAGGGGAAAUAA